GCACCCCGCGCAAACGUGGUGGAGUACUGUGGCCAGGCUGCUCCUCACGUCAUCCAGACAGACCCGCGAGGAGGAGGCGAGGAGCUCUAACGAGCUAAUAUGGCGGACCUCGAGGCCCCGUCCGGGCUGGCCCUUGUCCCGGGCGAAAAGAUCCUCGUGACCGUCGAGUCGGCACUGCCGGACAUCAUCGUCGUCACCUUCGAACACGGAGCCAAGACCUUCCAGGGUGCCUUGCUUGACGCCACCAAGAGAGGACUUCCUUGCGGGGUGCAACCACCAGAACCAGUGAGUGGUCCUGACGGCGAUAAACUUGCUUCGAUCGCGGCUCGCUUCAGUUAUUUUCAAGAAAAAAGGCACGCUCUAGCGGCGAAGGCCGAUCUUCGUAGGCAUAUAAAUCCUCCCGCGAGAUACAAAAAUGCCAGACCAACCGUUCGUCUUAGACCAAGGCAGGUGCUUUGCAGUAAAUGUAGAUCGAUUUGCAACGAAAAUAGCGAGAAUGUCGACGUCAGCAAAAAGCGGAAACACGAACCACAACCAUCGGAGCCAGUUGCAAUGCCAACGCGUCGAAGUGAUCGCCGAUGUGUUCAACAACCCACAUCGACACCACAGAAAAAUCAACGACGUUUACUUUCCGAUACGUCCAAAAUGAGGGCAUCUUUAAUUCCAAAAUUAUCCCGACUACAACCCAAUGAAUUGAACGCUGGUUCAAUGAAAGUCGCGUCGAAAGCAUGUUGGAGCGAGAGUGAAGAGACUUCGAAAAUAAAUGACGACGAACCAGUGGAAACGGAAGGCGUACCAAUGGAAUUGGAGAGUAAUCCAACAGCGGCAUAUUGUGCAACGCCACGAAGACUGAGUAGUUCAUCGGUUGAAAGUGCAAAGGUACCGGACGAAGAGGAGAAGAAAACAUUACUAGCGGCGGCUGAUUCGACAAUGCGACUUAAAACGGGUAGAAUACCAAGAAAAAAACGUUCAGUCGGCUCAAUGGAGGACCUUUGGGAUGAAUCAGUCUUUGAAGAUCUCACGAGGAUAGCAAAGACAACUCCAGUGAUAAAGAUCUCGUACGGAGCUCAGGGAGAGGGUACAGUAUUGAAAAUACCCUCCAAGUUACAGGAACCCUAUCAGCAUGAAGGUGGUGAUACCGAUCAGGACGACCUUCAACACGAGUCCGAUCGCGAUCCACUCGAAUUACCGAAAACAUUCGAGGGAACCGACGCCUAUUCAGCCGAUGCUGAGGAAGACGGUCAGGAGCAAGUCGAUCCUCAAAAGCAGGGCGUUAAGGACGCGAGUGCAAAGGCCGCCAAGAGGGCUUUGAAAAAGGCGAAAAAGGAAGCGAGAAGAAAAAUGCUCGGCGGCGUCUCUCCCGCGAGGUCACCUUGUAAUGGCUCGCCUAGGUAUAAUCCAAAUUACGAUCCCCUUUCGUAUCAUCGUCGGAAGCACAAAGUAAAGCACAAGAAGAAGCACAAGGAGGAGAGAAAGCACAAGAAUCAACAGCAAUCUUCGUGCCUCGACGACAGUGAGGAGAAUCAGCAAAAUUGGAAUGUUCUGCCGGUGGGAGGAGGAGGAGGUGGUGGCGGCGGUGGUGAUACUUAUACUGCGAUCAAAGAGCAAUGCCUCAAGCAAAAGCUCUCGAUCUCCCUCAAGAGACUGAAUACAAAUGCAUACGCGAGAUGCGACUAUCCAGUAAGUAAUGCAUCCUCAGGUUGCAAGAGUCCAGGUGCCAGUAGCGAUGAACUCAGUGAACAAGAGCCAGAAGUCGAUGCUGGUGAGACGGCACCUGAUUUUCCACCUCCUUCACAUCCAUUGGUGAUGCGACUCGCCGCCACACCAGUGCCACAUUGUUUAACUGCCAAUGGUCGACGAAUGGAUGUCGGCGAUGUUGUUUGGGGGAAAAUUCACGGUUUUCCCUGGUGGCCAGGCAAAGUUCUCAGCAUAACAGUGUCCUGUAAAGAAGAUGGUACAUCUUCGGGUCCACAGGCACAUGUUGCCUGGUACGGUUCGUCGACAAGUUCACUUAUGUCGUGUGACCAGCUUAGUCCAUUUUUAGAAACAUUCAAAACGCGGUAUAACAAAAAGAAAAGAGGUCCCUAUAAAGAAGCGAUUCGACAAGCACAAACAGAAGCCCGAAAUCAACUGACACCGAAUCCAGUGAAUCCUGCGAGUAGUGUGCUUAAUGUAUGCGGAUCGCCUCGUGAGGUGAAUGUUUUGUCAUAAAAAUGAGAAUUUCUCGUUAUUAUCUUACUGCCGAGAAUAUAUGUGUUAAACUGACGGAACGGAAUUGUAAUGUAAAAUAACUUUUGUACAUAAAAAAAAAUUUAGCGCUAGUAGUUUAUAAAAAAAAAAAAACAAAGUCGUCACUUUUACUGUUCACAUGGAAAAAUCUUCGUAUUAUUGGAAAACAAUUACUGUGAUAACGAAAGAAGUUCGCGCAAAAGACACACACACAGACACACCUACACACACUACGUAUAUACACAAUUUUCUUCAAAAAGCGCGCAACUUCAAGCAUUUUUUUCCAAUAUAAAUUGCCGGUAAUAAGAAAUUUUUCGAAGAUUAUAAUACUGAAACCACGUGUUUUAUAUAGAUGCUGAUUUCCCUUUUUUUCAUCAUCUAAAAAAGAUUCACCUAUUUUUAUACAUAAAUUUUAAUUUAUGCAAUCAUAUUUCUAGAUUCUUCUAGAAAAAAAAAUUGAACUUUUUUUUUUCGUUUGGAAAAAAAGAAGAAGGGUAGAAAUUAAAUUUUUACGCUAGA